AUGGGCAUUAGAUACUACACCGCACGUUUAUUCAAUAAUUUUCUGAGAAAUCUCUCCAAUGAUUCCCGAGCAAUUGUUUACCAUUCGAGAGGUGACCCCAUCAAAGUUACUCAAAUCGAUAAAAUAACUCUUCCACAAAUUGCUCCUGAUGAACUCCGUCUGAGAGUGUUGAUGGCACCAAUCAACCCCUCGGAUAUAAACAUGAUUCAGGGACGCUACGGAUAUCUUCCCUCCCUUCCGGCGGUGGGCGGAAAUGAGUGUGUUGCCGAGAUCCAACAGAUUGGAUCGAAUGUAAAAAAUUUUAAAAUCGGAGACCGAGUCUUUCCUGCUGAGCCAGGGAAUGGGACGUGGUGUGAAAAUUGUAAUGUAAAGGCCAAUGAAAUGAUCAAACUUCCUGUCGACGUUCCUUCUGUAGUUGGGGCGUCUAUUGUUGUGAAUCCAUGCAGUGCGUAUAGAAUGGUCAAGGACUACGGAGCACAACCAGGGGACUAUAUCAUCCAAAAUGGAGCAACCUCCGGAGUGGGAGAGGCUGUUAUUCAGUUUGCCAAGAUAUUCGGAAUUCGAACCAUUAAUGUUGUCCGAGAAUCCACUUCUGAUGACAUUAAGCAGUAUCUAACUGAUUUGGGUGCCGAUUAUGUAAUCACCGACAAGUUUCUCCAGUCGGCAAGUAUGAAGAAUCUUAUCAAAGAUGUUGGAGCACCCAAAUUGGCCCUGAAUUGUGUCGGGGGGCAGUCGGCCACUGAAUUGUUUCGUAAUUUGGGUCAAGAUGGAGUUAUGGUCACUUUUGGUGCCAUGGCACGGGAUCCUCCAAAAAUUCCAAUGGGGAAAUUCAUCUUUCUCAAUUUGAAGAUUGUCGGCUUUUGGCUGACUCAGUGGAAAGCCAAGAAUUCAAAUAACGAGGCUUAUCAGCUUAUGUUAGAUGAUAUUUUCAAGUUCUCCGUUGAAGGCAAGUUCAAGGCUCCUAGAUUUAAGUUUUUCGAUUUCGACGAUUUCAAGACUCCUCUUGAGCAGAUUGCAGCUCCUGGCGUCUCUAAAGGCAAGUCUAUGCUUGUCAUGGAUCGUUCGUACAUUUAG